GGCCAUCACAAAAACCCGGGUUUAGCUCUCUCGUUCUUCUCCUCUCCUUUGUCUGGGCUCUGCAUGACGAACACGGCAUACGCAGCUAACUAUUUACUUCAGCUCUACAAGUCAAAAUGGCAAAAUACAUUGUAGCUGUGUAGUCUCUUGAGUCGUUUUACAAGUCACGCGCAAGAACUUUCACGUUUUGCUUUUUGAUUUCCUAUCUUGAGCUGCGCGCGGAGGUGUUAGGUUGAGGGCAGUCUGACUGUGCUACGCUAACAAAACUAGAGCGAUACAAGCACUACUUGUAGCAUUUUCCCACUCAACGCCAAUCAAUGGGUGUACGAUGUCAUUAGAUUCUGAACCGUGAGGCUGCGAAUGCACAAUCCUGCUUGAGGCGAAGGAGAGAGUCAUGAUUACUAAAGUGUGUUGCAUCGGAGCUGGCUACGUUGGAGGUCCCACGAGUAGUGUAAUAGCAUUGAAAUGCCCUUCUGUCACGGUCACGGUGGUGGAUUACAACAAAGAGAGAAUCGAGGCUUGGAAUUCGGCGGAUUAUGACCUGCCUAUUUACGAGCCAAGUUUGGUGGAUGUGGUGCGGGAAUGCCGCGGUCGUAACCUCUUCUUUUCGACAGAAGUAGCAAAAUCUAUAGAAGAAGCCGAUCUGAUCUUCAUUUCUGUCAAUACACCCACGAAAACCUUUGGAUUAGGAAAGGGCCGUGCUGCUGAUCUCAAGUAUAUAGAGUCGGCUGCUCGCUGUAUUGCCGACUAUGCACAUGGUCCGAAAGUAGUCGUUGAGAAAAGUACGGUGCCCGUCAAGGCAGCUGAAAGCAUUAGCAGAAUUCUGAAGGCGAACUCAAGAAACGGAAAUUGCUUCCAGGUCUUGUCCAAUCCUGAAUUUCUUGCGGAGGGUACUGCUAUCAAGGACCUACUGAAUCCUGAUCGAGUCCUAAUAGGUGGCCCUCAGACUGAAGAUGGCCAACAUGCCGUGCGGUGCCUGUGCUGGAUUUAUGAGCACUGGGUGUCGAAAUCCAACAUCAUCACCACCAAUACAUGGUCAUCGGAACUGUCCAAGCUUGCAGCCAAUGCUUUCCUGGCACAGCGCAUCAGCAGCAUCAACGCUAUGAGUGCCAUCUGUGAAGCUACCGGUGCAGACGUGGGUGAGGUGGCACACGCCAUCGGGACAGACUCGCGCAUUGGUCCCAAGUUUCUACAGGCCAGUGUCGGGUUUGGUGGCAGUUGCUUUCAGAAGGAUGUUCUCAAUCUCGUGUACCUGUGUGAGGUGCUACACUUGCCUGAAGUAGCAGCAUACUGGCAACAGGUUGUUGACAUGAAUGACUAUCAACGGCGGAGAUUUUCCAACCGGAUCAUUGCGUCUCUUUUCAACACCGUUACAGACAAGAAGAUAGCCAUUCUUGGCUUUGCCUUCAAGAAGGACACCGCUGAUACGCGGGAGAGCAGCUCGAUCUUUGUCUGCCAACACUUGAUAGAUGAGGGUGCACAAGUGGUCGUGUAUGACCCAAAGGUGCGAGAGGCGUCCGUGCGACGCGAUGUCAACAUGGUCUGCAGUGACCCCGAGCGUGUUGAGCGCCUGCUGACUGUCUCCGAGGAUGCGUACUCCGCUGUCCAGGACGCACAUGCGUUUGUUGUGUGUACCGAAUGGGAUGAGUUCAAGACACUUGACUUUCAGCGAAUUUAUGACAGUAUGCUCAAGCCAUCGUUUGCCUUUGACGGCCGUAUCAUUUUGAAUCAUGAGCAAUUGCGAACAAUUGGAUUCCAGGUUGAGGUCAUCGGACAAGCCAGUAAGCAGCGUGUGGCGUCCGGCUUCUUUGAGUGAAUCACUGGCACUGGCACACGUGCGUCAGAUGUACAGCAUACGUGACCGUGAGCCCGUAUCAUGUCGUGCGUGUGUGUGUGUGUGUAUGUGUGAGUAUGGAUGUCUGCACAUGUGCGUGCGGUCCUGGACGGCUGAGGACAAGCCACCGCUAAGCGACUUUUGCUGUUUCGGAAUAUUGUCAUGCCCUUUUACUCUGUACUUCGGGCCUGGAGUGAACUCUACCCAACAAGUUGAGCAAAUUAUGCCGAUAGGAACACGACUGGCGGUAGGCAUGGAAUUCUGGCUUCUGAGCAAUCACUAUUUAUCAAUGGUAUUGCCUGUUUUCAUUCCGUGUGUGUGCAUGUGUGUGUCCGUGCACGCGCGCGCACGCGCCCGUGUGUGUGUGUGUAUGUGUGUGUGUGUACGUUAUUUGUGCAACUACUAGUAUCCUUACCCCAUUGUCCUUAGAGAGAUUUUUUUAAUAGAUCCCAAACUGAGGCAGUCAUAUCCCGGUCUGUCAUACUGUUUUAUCCGAUUCCAACUUGCCAACCCAUGCUCAUUACUUCGAGAUUGAAGUAUAACAUUUGAACACGCAGUACUAACAACAAACACGACCAACUGACUGCAGUAUUAAACCCUAACUGCUUUAUACAUUUUCUACCUUUGCCUUUAAAAAUGCCAAUAGCAAAGGGUGCGCUUGCUGUUUUAUUAUUAUUUCGGGAAGAGUAACUGUUAGGUACACAUGUCCAGGGUGAUAGAUACUUCACAUUCUUCAAGUCAUGUCCAGGGUGCUAGAUACUUCACAUUCUCCAAGUUGUUUCAAGCCUAGUACCUACAUGUAUGUGCCUGUAGUAGAAGUGAUGAAGUAACACGAUCAGUA